AUGGAACCCUACAUUGGGAAUGAAGCUGUUUUAAAAUAUUUCGAAACUUACGAUGAAGAAACAUGGACUUAUGAAUAUUUUUUAAAUGAAUUAAAAGAAACGAUUAUAACUUCGCCACCAUAUACUAACGACUGGAGCGGUUUAGACGUUAUACUUUUUGGUAUAGUGCGAUCCAGAGGUUUUGCCGUAGUUUUCGGUACCCAAGUGAUGAUUACAUUUGAUGUAGUGCGAUCUGGAAGUUGUGUUGUGGAUGAAACAAAUAAACCUCGAAUGGAAUCAUUUUUCCAAAACAUUAUUCUUGAACGUGAAAAGAGAAAUGCUGGAAAAAACUAUGUAAUAGAAGGCGUAAGAAUUCUCAAUGAAACAAGGUUCCGUAGUUCGGAUAAAGUAAUUUUCGCUGUUAAUAAACGAUAUCCCAAGGAUCAAGCCAGUGGUGCUUCGCACAAACGUCAAUGUCUCCAAACAGAAAACGGGCCAUCGCAAACUCUAGAAGACAAGGUUGCAGAGGUUACAGAUGACAAAGAAUGGGAGUUUGAUACACCACAGCCAAGUUGGCUAAAAAAAUUGAUAGAGGAACGUUGUCUGUUAAUCUCAAAAGAUGAUCCAAUAACUACGUAUAAAUCAUCUUUAAGAUCAAUUUGGUGGAAGAUUAUAGACUUGUCAGAUCCUAAAAUUGUAAAUCUUCUUUCAGAAUCAGAGCUAUCAGAUCUGAAUGCGAUGUUUUCAUCUGCAUUAAAAGAUUGGACUGUGCUGGAACCUUCAGCAGAAAAAUGCUUGAAGUCUCUUUCAAAGCUCGAUAGCUAUCAGCUUCGUACAAUUGGGGAAACUGUAAGACCGAAGGGAACACACGGUGCAAUUCUUAGACUCCAAGAAAUGAUAAGUACUAAGAAUCCAAUUAUCUUAGAAGAUGACGAUCUAUUUUAUGAUGGAUAUAUCGACGAAGAUAUUAAAAUUUUUUCCGAAGAGAUCUCACUACUUGAUCAUAAUAAUCAUCUGGACCCAGAUGUCGCGUACAUUUUUGACUUGAUUAGAUAUACGUGCGAAAUGAUUGCGAAAGGGAUCCCCAGUAGACAAAACUCAGAGCGGGACAUUGAUGUUUUUAUUAAACGUCAUAUCUUUUUAUGUUUCGAUGACAUUUUGGAUAGCGGUGAGGUAGUAUCAAGAGCCUCACGAGAUCGUCGAGCAAAUGCGGUAGAUGCUCCGAGUAAUGCGGAAGGAUACCACCUCGACUGGAUGUUUACGCGACACGAUUUAGGAAAGGACUUAAUAAUAUCUGCAGAAGGCGAUGGAAUGCUUUCGAAGCCGGUCCUGCAGUCUAUCACAAAACUUCUUAUGCCCAGUUUUUUGUCUUCUUACUUUGUUUUGCGUGCCAUCCUAGUUAUAUAUGUAGAAGGAGGCUAUUACGCAUCGAUUAAUUUAGCCGACUUUGACAUACCAACAAAAUACGAGGAGUUAAAGUCAGUUAUUAAGAUAUCCCAUAUAUUGCUUCAAAUCAAAAAAUUAUUAUCCACUACUAUUACUCAAUUUAAACUUAUUAAACAAAGAGCUGAAAAGAAAAAACUUGCUCCUGGAAGAAUGAUAGUGCCUGUUAGAGAGAAAGAGCACAGAUCUCCCCAAAAACCGAAG